UUCUUACUUGGAGCGCAGGAAUUUUUAACUCCAAGAACCUCGGUGAAAGAACGACCAAUUCUGACGGAUGUAUAAUUGGUGUACAAAGAGAGCGAUCUUUAACAUGAAAAUCUUGGUUUUUAUUUUGCUGACUUUGCCUUAUGACGCGAGGUACAUUUCUUUCCUUUCAUUUUGUAUAUGAGAUAGAGGGGCCCAUUGAAUGGCUCAGCUAGCAUUUAUUACUCCAGAUUUUAGACGUUUUUCAUCAACUGUUAGUGUAAACUAUGCUUUAGACUGAAACUAUGGUCUCUUUCAUUCCUCCUAUGUUCAGUUCAAGUUAUUUAAAAGUUUAUUAAUAUUCGAGUCUUGUAGCAGUGACUACUCUCGAACAGUUGACUUGGUGUAUCAAUAAUGUUCUAUUCGAGAAGUUUGUCAUUUAGAUGUAGAAGGACGAUAUUCCUCAAAUAACAUCAAAUAACGUCUUUUCCUUCUAUGUUCAAGGUCUCUCAACCUUGGAGGUCACGUUUGUCAAAAAAUGUGGAACGACGCUGAAAAUAAUCUGAUUAUUCCUGGAGAAUUAGCUGUUAAUGAGGGAAAUAACUUAGAUCCAGUGUUCACAUUGGUGCACGGAGCAGGGGCUCAGGGGUACCAAAAACUCCAAAGCGAAGAGUUCACCCGAUUUCAUGGUAUAAUAAAUAACUCUCAAGUGUCAUUUUCAUACAGAACCUUAUAGGAAACUUUUCAAUGAUGGAUGGACAUUUUCAAUUACAUUUUUCAAUGCUAUCACCGCUCUAUAGGAGUGCUAGAAAUUCACUUAUUAAGACUGACGAGAAAGUUCUCAACUUUUCACUUUCCAAUGCAUAUGUUCUUUAACGUGCAAUGUUGAUCUAUAUUUCAGAAAUGAUGCGGUCGUAGAUUGAAAGAUUCUUGAUUGAGACAGAAGACUAGCAAAACAAACAAUCGUAAAUGGCUGUCGUUUUAAAAGCGGAUACAAUUUUCUAUGUUCUAAACAGUUAAAGCGACCAUGUCAAAAUAGGAAAUGAAGAUAAUUGUUCAUUUAAGCAGGUUGGAGUAGCUUAGAGAUAGGUUGGCGUUAACAUUUGAUAAUCGCGUUUUUUUUUUAUUUUUUGUCUUACAGAUAUAUUGGUCGACUAUCAAGCUGAACUUUACAUUCUUAAUCAACAGCACAUAAAUGACUUCAUCAGUGCAAUAACCCAACCCUGUGGACCUGUGGAAGCGGCAUUCAGCUACCUGAAAACUCAAGCGAACGCACUGCCUGUUGACGUGGUAUACUUUGUGCUUGUCAAACUCAUGAUCUAAAAAGUCAAUAGGCUCGUUUCUUUUCGACGCAAGAUUAUAAGAUAACCUUUUACCAUGCUUAUAGCUGUAUAUUUCUAUGAAAAAAAUAGUUAGCAAUCGUAGCAUCAAAACAAAGCAGAGAGUUAAAAGAAUAUUACUGCCAAAGUGGGAAAUAUACAUUUCGCUUUCAUGGUAUUCAAGUUGUGAUAACUGUUACGUUGACUCUUUCGUUCAGACAACCUUAGACCAGUUCAGAACCACCUUGAAAAGUCUCUGGUUUACCAACAGCGAUGGCUUUAAGCAUGUAUUUGUUGGUAAGUAAAAUUUCUUAAAGGUCUUCUUGACAUAAUCAGCUACGAAAGCUACAAUCUACAAAGCUUAACAUCCAACCUAACCCAAUGCUGUGUUCACGUUUCGCUUUCUUAGGGGAACAGUUCCAGCACAAAGUCCCAAACGAAAUCCGUUACAAAGGAUUUCAAAACUGGUACCAGUACUACACCGAAGAAAAUAAACCGAACGCGAUAGAGAAACAGAAUCCACCGACAUUCGUUAUGGACAAAAGGGUCUGUUUUUCUGCAGUUAAUUUAUUUAGACGGAAACUCUUUAGCUGUAUGUGCUUUGUGAUGUUACUAUUCUGGCAAUUGUGCUCUAGAACUAAGCAGCCGAUCUCGCUUAGAAUUCAACAGGUAUUUUUUUUAACCCAAUCAGCAAAAGCUUCAUAUCUUUUCUUAAAAAAGUGUUACGCCAUAAGUAUCAUCAUCUUUAGUGCUUUUCCGAAUAAAAUUUCUUCCUCUGAAACAUUGAUUUUAAAAUUUAGCGCUGUUUUAUAAUUUCCUUGCGUGAGGUGAGUAUAACAAGAUAUGACGCAAUCCGCGACCAAUCAGAGCACUCGAGAAUAAACAAAAUAAAACGCGGGUGCGCAAAUAUUGCAGCAACUCUUUGAAAUAUUAAAAUUUUUAAUGAAAGAUCCCUAAGUUUCUAACUUUAUAUUUCAUUGGUAGCCAACCUUUAUAAAGGACCUUAAAUUCAAAUGGAAAGGGAAGAGUAAGCAAGGAUCUACAGACAACCGAAUGUUUGUUGGAACCAGCCCAUCUUUCGAAUUGGCCUUAUUCACCACUUGCCUCCUCAAAGGACGCGGAAUUGCUGGAGGUGCACAUCCACCUCCGGGACCGUAUAGGACAACCAACUGUGAUUGCACCAUCCAUGUGCCUGGAAUUGGGGACAGCACAGUAGAAGUAAAGACCGUCGAGAACCAGAAUGGCAAGGUCGUUACAGCUGUCCCUACAAAUGUCCAUUAGAAGUAAGAUUAUGGUUCGGUGCUAUAACUCGAGGUUUAUCAAGAACUUUUAAUAUUUUAAUAUAAUUGGAAGCAAUUUGUGAGGAUUGAAGUUUCCCCUUGCAAUAUCCCUCGAGAUGAAGGAUGUCGCUCUUGUUGUCAAUCGAUUACGGUGUACAAACUAAGACUGGUUCAUAGACUCAUGCCAGCAACAACUUGUCAUUUCGUGAAUUUUGGUGAAAAUAACUUAUGAAUAGCUUCUUUUUUUUUCAGAUAAACGGCACACAAAGAUAACAGCCGAGACCAUUACCAAAGAUUUCCGAAUUAUUAUAAACACUAAAUACAAAAAAAUAAGUAAUCACUUCCGGGAUCUCGUUCAGCAGAUAAAAAUGAAAUAGCGGGUCAAUGUUCCUUGGUGGUUGCUCACCGCCAUUUCUUACCUGCCUGCUUUUUCUCUUGCUGCUUCUAACCGUGAGCCCGGCACAGGCUACACAAAAGCAAGAACCCAUCACGUAUGGGCUGCUGACAAAACUAAUAAACGAUUUAUAACCUCAAACCAGUGAUAAAAUAAAUAAACAUUUGGCUCCUAACCAGUUAAGAGAUAUUUUUGUGUGUCAAUUUAAUGUCCUGGAUACGAAAAAAAAGUUCGAUCACCAAUUUUCUCCGUAUGGAAAGUGAGUACAUGGUAAAUCAAUUUUUUAAAUUUUAAUUCAAAAGGAACCAUUGAUAAAAAAAAAAAAAAGUACUCGUGGCUCUAAAGUACUUCUGACGACUUUGGGUCUCCAUCUAAUCACCUGGUGCCAAAGUAAGAUUUUCAGCUUAUUUCCCAAAACCGCUUGGGAGCUAUCUAAACUGAUGCGAUGAAAACAACGAGAAAAUCAAUCGCAUCAACUUAAUUACAGUGCACACGGAUCGGUUUUUUACAGGAACCUGCCGCACCUUUUAGGAACAGAAUACUCUCUGAAAUAUUGAUUAACCUUAAUUGACUGUAAAACACUUGCGAUAUAGAAUCCGCACCUUUUAGGAACAGAAUACUCUCUGAAAUAUUAAUUAACCUUAAUUGACUGUAAAACACUUGCGAUAUAGAAUUAUAAAGAGAUGACUGUGGUAACACCUCUUCACGACACUCGUUAAUUGCCUUUUAAGUGGUUUCUUCAGUAACUUGCUCAUUUCUAACCUUUCUUUGAAUAGUUUUUAUUUCCGGACUAGAAUGUCCGCCGAAAAAGAUUAUAAGGAACGACAGACAGGUAAAUAGGGAAGCUCGAAGGAAGAAGGAUGACCACAGAAGGCUCUCACUGAUAUAUUAACUUUUAAGUAUCAGCGGUAACGUUCAUAGAAAUAAUUUUGUUAUGUUGAGACAGUUGUCUUAACAUAACACACAGUUGGUGAACUUCAUCAAACCGUUGCAUCGAAAUGAGGCAAUUCUAUACGUACCGACGAAACCUAAAGACUGUGAAGGUAAUCGAUAUCUUAAUGGCUAAAGGGUAAAUAUCUUAAAAAAAAGGGAUAUCAUAUCAGGCAAGGAUUAAUUACAUAAAGUAAAGUUUAAUGCUACUCAAUGCUUGUUAUUUCGAACGACAACGAAUCCUUAGUUCCCGAAAAAUAUCACAUUCUAAUUGCUUCGUUCAAAUUCUAACAGCGAGAUUACCACUCCUUAUGGCUGCUCUCCUCAAUGAAUAAAAUGUUCAUCUUUUUAUGUUAGCUCUCAUUGUUUUCAUGUCACUUCAGUUUAUUUAAAUAUUUAUAAAUCGAACCGGCAGAAAUUGUUACUAAGUGCGUAGGAAUUUUACCUCCAAGAAAGUCGGUGGUUGAACGACCAAUUGUUAUAGACGGACAUCUCGUGUACUAAGAGGGAGAUCAUUAAGAUGAAAAUCUUCGUCUUCAUUUUGUUGACUUCACCGUAUGUCGCGAGGUAAUUUUUUUAUUUCAUUUCGUGUGUGAGAGAGACCCAACAAAUGGCCUAAACUAGCAUUUAUUAAACCAAAUCAACGCUUGCACGUCCGUGUAUAAAACUGCUUUAAGUGAAAUUACCCCCCCUUUCCUGCUAACUUUUUCUUUUGUUCAGAGCAAGGUAACAGAUUCUUCGUAUUCCAGUCCUUUAGCAGUGACUCCGCUCUACUAUUUGAACUUAGUGUAUCAAUAGUUUUACAUUUGAAAAAUGUUUCUAGUUAUAGAAAGGUGGACAAUAUUUUUCAAAUUAUUUCAAAAGACAUGUUUUCCUUCUAUUUUUAAGGUCUGUCUACCUUGGAGGUCAUGUUUGUCAAAAUAUAUGGGAUAGUGCUAAAAACAAUCUGCUGCUUCCUGGAGAAUUAGCUGUUAAUGAGGGAAAUUACCAAAACGCGUUGUUCAUGUUGGUGAAAGGAGGAGGAUCCCGAGGAGAUCAAAAACUUCAAAGUGACGUCUUUACCAGCUUCCAUGGUAUACGUAAUUGUUUCGUUUUUGUUUUUUUAAUAACCUUUUUUCACAAACCUUACUGAUAAAUUUUCGAUGACGAAAUAAAAAUAAAAGCAGAAUUCUUCGAUGCGAUCAUCGCUAGAAAUGGUAGUUAAAAAUUUACUUGUGAAAUGAAACAUCAUUUAUAUUCAUUCAUUUUCUUACUGUUGGACACAAAAAAAUUUAUGUUCUGCAAUGUGUAUUUUUUUUACAGUUUUCUUUUAGUCGAUCCACAUUUCUUAGGCUUGAAAUGAGUCUAGUUGUUUUGAGAGGUAUGGAAAAUGUUCAUUACAUCAUACAAAACUGAAGUCACUGAAAGAGCGUGAGCGAGUUAAAUAUUUAGAAAAAAAAGGAAGCAACCUAUUUUCAUUCUAACCAGCUGAAGUGACCAUAAAAGAGAAAGUGUUGGGUAGACGUUGACAAUAUUUAAAAAAAAAAAUUGGGUCAACUAAUUUAUUUAUUUAUCGAGUUUGUCAUGUUCAACAGAUUUAUUAGUUGACUUUCAAGCUCCCCACCCGAGUGGGUUGCACCAUCAGCACCAUAUAAAUGCCUUCAUCACCGCAGUAACCCAACCAGGCGGACCCGGGGAAGCGGCAUUCAACUACCUGAAAACUCAAGCGAACGCACUUCCUCGUGGCGUGGUAUGUUUCACAGUCAGUUGCCUACCUAUUUUUCUUGGGGGUCAAAUUAAAAAAGCUCCCUGGUGACGCAAAGACGUAAUUUAAUGCGUUCGAACUCGUCACUUCUCAAAGCAAGAUUGCAAAAUAAUAUUUCAUACAUUCAGAGAAAUUCAUGGGUAUUAUGUUUGACAAAAUGUUGCUGUUUUAAGUAGUAUUAGACGAGAAAAUAAUGGAAAGUAAUAAACGAAAAAAGAAAUCAGUGAUUUCAGCGAAAUACAUUUCGUUCAUUGUGUCACUCUUUUUUAACUUUUUGUGAUAUUAAUUUGCAGACUACUACCAUGCCACAGUUUAGAAAUCUCUUAAAACAAAUGUGGUUCGUGUACAGCCACGGCUUUAAACAUGUUUUUGUUGGUGAGUUAACUUCUCAAAAAUAUUAUUCCAUGGUCUCUUUCAAGGCUCUCCAUCUAAAAACUCUGCUCAAGUCUUAUUCAAUUCCUGUUCUCUAAAACUGCGCUAAGACGCUAAAAUUGUGCAAACCUAAGUAAAUUCCUUCUUGUCAAUCAACUUGGGUGUUUAUGCUUGUGCCAAUCGCAGGAAAUAAAUUUCCAGCUUCCAACGAAUACAACGGAUUUCACAACUGGUACCAGUUCUACAAGGAAGAAGUUAGAGGCAAAACAGGGAUAAUCUGUCUACCGAAUGUCGAGGCGAACAAACGGGUCAGUUUUCACAUUAAAUAGUUAUAGACGUGAACUUUAUGCAUCGAGAUAUGGCCUCUGCAGUUCAUCUUAGAAAUCACAUCAAAGAUGAAUACUAGUAGAGGAUAUUCUCCGAGUGUAGGAAGUCAAAAGAAUAUGAACGGUUUAAAAGAAGCUUGAAUUUUUUGAGUAAAUUCUUUUUAGGAUGGUGCUUUAAAACGUGAAAUUAUGAUUCCGUACGUAUCAUUUCAUCUGUAGCCUUAUUUCCUGAGGGAUCUCUUGUUCACAUGGAGAGGGGCAAAAAAAGCCAACCCGAGCAGCAUGUUUGUUGGAACAAGCCCAGCGUUUGAUUUGGCCUUGUUCACCACUUGCUUCCUUAAAGGACGCAGAGCUGGCGGAAGGGGUUUUCCGAUUUUUCCGGGACAGACAAUAUCAACCUACUGUCAGUGCGAUAUAGAUACGCCUGGGAUCGGAACGAGCAGAGUAGAGGUUACAACCGUCGAGAACAGUUAUGGCAAGGUCGUCACAGCCUAUCCAACAGCUGUUUAUUAGAGGUAAGACUGAGUUAUAACAAGACGUUUAUCCAGAACUCUCAUACAAACGAUAGAUGCUUCAUUGUGACGGAUAAUAAAAAUCGUUACAACAAACUACCACCAGUUGAACACAUCAACCAAAACUAAAAGUUAUAGUAGAAGGGGGAAGCGUGUUUGUUUUCUCAUGGUCGCCUUGGACUUAUAAUGGUAUAUUUAGAACACAGGGGCUACUAUCUAUAACAGACAAACGCUUAAUCACUAGUAGCAGCUGUGCCAAGAAAAAAUAGGAAAAAUGAAAUAAAACGAAACAAAAAAAAUAAGAGCAAGAAAGAAAAAAAAGGAACAAAGAAUUUGAGAGAAGGAAAAAAACGUAAAAAUCACUGAUCAAUCAAGAUCAACUUCUUUGAUAUCUUUAGGGAAACUCAUGCAAUUUAAGGGUUUUAUCUCGAGACCUUUAAUGAACCAGGAAACGAAAAAAUGUUACUUGUUCAAAAUCAACUUCAGUUUUACUCUUGGCAAAAUAAACCAUGUCAAUGACUAAGACUGGUUCUCAUCCAACAGCUCGUAUGAAUCGCCUCUUUCCCUUUUGGUUAGCAGAAGAUUAACUUAAAUAUUAAAAACGAGAACAGCGUUUUUAAUUUAUAGAUGGUAGGUUUCGUUUAGGGACUUUCGGCGCGCUCGUAAAGACACUUCGCAAUGUGUCAGUUUAUUGUUUGUGAAUUGUGUGAGGAUGUCAAGGAUUGGCAGUUUGUUUGUUUUAUUCUCUUUUUCUUCCCGAGUGAAGCGCAAAUAAAGCAGUUAUUUGUAUCGAUGCUGUGAAGCUACCGAUCCAAACUGUUAAAGGUCUAGUCCAUGAAGCGCAAUGAAAAUGAAAAAAUGUAAUAUCCUUAUCGUCACGUUAAAUUUGAAACAAAUGCUAUCAACGACGCCGUUUUUAUGCAUUUUGUCAAAUAACUGUAUACUUCUUCUCACUAUUCAGAUAAAUGGCAUUUGAGGAUGAUGAAAGUUGUCAGGGUCAUUGUAAACCAUACAUCAUAUAAGGCCGGUGUAGUCCGGUCUAAGCUCUUUGUCAUUGGAACCGAGCGAUAGUGAGGGCCAACGACAUCUUUCGGUUGCCUUCCGCCAUUUUUUCCUCCCGCUUUUGUCUUCUCUCUUCCAGUCAAAGGAGAACCUGGAACAGGCUAUUCAUGAUUUAAAACCUCAAACCAAACGGUAAUGAAAUAAAAUCAAAGGUCUUUGACCAUCAAUGGGUUAAAAAGUCUUUUUUGCGCCUUAUUAAUCACUUGAUGAAUACAUGGAAAACAGUACGCGUUGUUUUGAAUGGAGAAAGGCAGAGGUUACUCGUCGCGGAAUCGAUCCUUCUGAAAAGUGCGCAUAAUAAAAUAAUAGUGAUUGCAACUCGCUUUAAACGUAACCGCUAGGUCAUAUCUUAAUUCAAAACAUGCCCAUCCAUUGUCACAACACCAAGUGAGAUCCUAAAUACGCUUGACAAUAAAUUUUUUUUUUAGCGCGCUUUCCAAAUGCGAACAAUAUAGACCCCAUCUCUAAACGUCUCCGUUUUGAGAGAAAUUGAAAUAUCAAUAAUGAUUAUUAAUAAUAAUAAUUGUAAUAUAAAUACUGUUGUAAACCUAUAAUUCAUCCCAAAAGUGAGACGUUAAGGGGUGGGCUCGUUUUUUUUGCUGACAUGUGAACCAGUAGGAAGUAGCGUAAUAUGCAAAAACUCUCGAUUACUUUGAGCUUCGUACCAAAGAGCCAUUUUAAAAAAUACUACACAUAAAUUAAUUCAAUCCCUUUGAUUCUAAGUUCUCAAAAGAGAAGGCUUAACUUUACCAAAAUUCAAUUUUGUUUAAUUUCUUGAAAAUAACACGAAAGUGUAGCCAAAAUACUCUUUGAAGAAGUUAUCUUCAACCGGCAUGAAAAAGAUUUCCAGUUGCUGCAAAGCUUGUGUGAAAGGGUCACUGAAGCUAACAAAAACAUCAAAGCGAGACCAAGAGACAACUCAGUUGUGGAUUUGUGGUAAAGCAAUGUAUUUGGCAGCCGCCCAUUGCAGGGAAUUUUUUUCCCUUUAAGUUACGGUAGGUAAAGGAAUUUUAAAACUGCCUUUAAAUGGCUAUACGUUCGUUAUUCAAACAUCUUUUCUUUCCUCAGUGCGUGGUUCAAUAAUCGCCCUCUUCUUGACUUGUCAAAUAUUUCCUAUCAAUUCAAAACGGCAGGUCGGGACUUGAUAUAUCUAUGUGUUCAUUUGUCGAAUCAAGAUAACGAUACACGAGGAAAAUAUCAACUUAACCCUCUGUUCACGGCACCUUAAGAAAUGAAUAGGAAACAAUAUGGAGAUGUUCAUAGUGACGGUAGAGUGUAAAAGGUUAAGACAACACCCUCUGCAGAUAUAUGGAAAUCAGUGGAAAUCAGAAACAAUGGGAAAAAGUGCAUAAUGUUUUGGUUAUUUAGUUAGGCUACAUCAUCAAAACGUCCUCUAUACGAGUCAAAGUACUCAAUGGAUAACAUGUACGAUGUCCAAUCAUGAAACAACUGAACACAGGCAAGAUUGGGUCUCGAGAAGAACAUUUCGUGAUUAGUCCACCGGGAGAACAAUGAAGACAGUGUUUUCUUGUCUCUUUUGUUUAUGAUUUCUAUUGAUGAAGAAAUUUGAGCAAAACAAAGUAUCAUGCCAUGCAUGACAUUUUCAUAUAGCAAUGUGCGCAAAUUUAUUCGCUUCACUCAUUUACUGCGUUGCUGAACGAAGCAUCAAGAAGUUUUGAAGUUUGCAGCUUUCCUGACGAUCUCUCUUCACGCAUCGCCCACAGGUAAGCUGAAAGAUUGCAACAAAUAACUAGCCGUAAGUCUCCUUUCGAUAAUCUGACCUAUCUGCAACGUAAUCAUUAUAAAAUUUAUAACUCCUCACUGUAAAGGACGCCAAAAAUAUUCUAACAGCCUAAACGUGAAAAAUAAUUAUUAAAAAUUCAUAGCAUUCUGCUCACUGUAAAGGACACCAAAAAUAUUCUAACAGCCUAAACGUACAAACUACAACUCACAACUGCCGGAGAAGAAUUGAACUUCUCAAAUGUAAUUCUCUCGAGACAUAAUUUCGAUAAACGUUAUGAACGGUUAGAUUAGAAUGUCGCUGAUACAAAUUCAUAAAUUGACAACAAUGGGGAAUUUUGCCCCAAGUGAGAUAGUUUUUCCUUACUCCUGAUGCCAAAUUACCAUUGUGAACAGUUGGCUCAAGAAACGUACCCAUUUAUAAGAGAUUAUUGCCCGAAGUGCGAGAUGAAGGUUCUCAAAAUUUAUUUUCAAGUUUUGGCGCUUUGCGCUGGAAAGGCGGUGUCCGCCCAAACAUCAAGGGGUCAAGAACAAAACCGAUUUAAGCGAGUAAGACGUCCAGUGGACUUCACUUGUCGCUCAAUACUUCUCAUCCAAAUAGGAAAAUUUAUACCAGAAACUUGUGAAACUAAAACCAUCAUUUUAAUAUACUGAAUGACAAAAUAUGCUUGAGGUUUCUAAAGGACGCCGAGUUUAUGGAUCACUUACUUUCAAUCAGCAUAAUCUAUUUGGGCGCCUAACUUUCCUUAAAUCAGAACCAUAUUAACCAAUCGACCGUUUAGUUUCCACAUGAACGUAAUAACUGUAUACAAAUGUGCUCGACACUGCAGAUCGAGGCCAAAGAAUUUGCCAAUGAGAGGUGAUCUUUUCACUUCCAUGUCUUCCUACCAUCCACUUGAGCUACAUUCCACGGACGAAAAAGGGAGUCCUUUCUGUAGUUUUAAAUUGUGGUCCACCCCCUUCCUCCCGCGCGGAUAUUAAAAAAACAAAUUAGCAUAGAUUAAUAAUUCAGCACCACGACUUAAAAGCUUUUUUCCUCUAAAGGCUAAGUUUUUGAGAUGAUUGUUCAAUAAAUGCUUCAAGUGUGCUCUGAUAAGCAAUCGUACAAGUUGAAGACGAUUCCUUCUCUAUUCUUCUCCUUCUUCUUUACAGAGGUAUUUCAAUAAAUAAGUUACAAAUCAGUGAAUCGGAUCAUCACACAAGAGGUCGUAAACAAUUUUUGGCUCCAUAACAAUCAAGUAAGGUUUAAUUACAAAACAUUAGGCAUACAACAUUCAAAGUCACUGCGGUGGUAACCGUGCAAAUUUAAGCUGGGCUUCUAACUAAUACAAAUGUAAAAUACUCUAUGCAUUUUGUUCAUAAAAUGUUCCAAUUUUCUUGCAUGAACAAGGGAUUAAAAGUGGGGAAAGAUCUUUCUUCAUUUCUAUCAACACUAUCGAAUUAAAGUGUCAUCGCGUCAUUCAAGGUAAUCCUUUUCAACCGCAUUUUUCAAGCAUGACGGACCUAUUUGCAUCAAAACCUUUUAAAAUCACUGAGGUAAGAAGUCUGAAGAACCAAGAAUACAAAAGAAGCCCCUUAUCUCUCCUUCCCCGCUAAUUACAAGCCAUGUUUUUCUAGAGAACGGUUAAGAAAACAUAAGGAUUGGGCGAAUCUGUUAAAAAUAUUCUUUGGUAAUAAAAAAAAUUCCAUUCCUUCGUACAUAUGGCGGUAGUUGAAAGCCCAUCGUUUUUUUGUCUCCGAUAACUGCAGUAAAGGUUACAAGAAAGCAUCAUUGACUUCCCACCCACUCGGCCUCCACUCAGCCCCAACUUUUCCCCUCCCCUCCCUCUCCCAUCAGGGAGAAAAGUCAUACUUUCACGACUACUAUUUUUGAGACGUGGCAAGAGCUGUGAGGCAGCUUUUUAAGAAUCGUGCAGAAUUUGAACUUCAUUUCUGUUUUCUAUUCUAAUCGUAAACGCAUAUCUUGUUUUACAAAUCGCACUGGGACUUUGACUCGGUAAUAAAAAGUCGUCAUUUCAUAAAUAAAUAAAUUCAAGUGAUUGACCCCGGUUUCAGAACCAUGUUUACUUAAAUAACGAUAGAAAGGAAAAGAAACUCAGGUUCCUGGAUUUCAAUUUCAGAACUACCGCUUUAAUUUACACGGGGAAUAUCGCUAUAACUUAUUUUAUUGAGAGGAGAUCUUAACUAAUUCUUCGAAAACUCCACAGCUAUAUGAUUUCCAAAAAUAGAAACAAAACCAGUGAAAGAGUUUCAAAAUGAGGAUCUAUCAUUGAUGGUGGCCACAUCAUGAUUCUUGCUCCUCAGGUAAAACAAUGAGAACCAAGAUUGUCUUUCUUUUCACCUUACUUGCUUUGGCACCCAUUAUCCAUGGCCGUCACACGUCCUCGAACCAUCGGUACGAGAAACUCGACGAGUCUAAGCCCGUGGAAUCGGUGGAGCCCGAAGAGCUCGAGGAACUCAAGGAUCCCGAGGAAUUGGAAGAUCAAGAGGAACUCGAGGAUCUCGAGGAAGUCGAAGAAUUCGAAGGACCUCCGCCUGAGGAGACUGGUAGGUAUAAUAUAAGGUGACUAAAUAUUGGGGGAAAAUAUGACUGCUUUAAUACUUCCUCAAAUGAAGCAACAAAGUGAAAAUCGCGAUAACUGCAUCAUUUUCUUCGUUGAUAAAAUUCAAAAUUUUUCUCACGUGUAAUCCUUGGUAAGAUAAACCCUGACCGGUCAGUCAUGGAGGAGAAAAAGAAAGACGACCCUUUUUGUUAAACAAGUAGACAAAUUAUUCUAUAAUUCAGUGCUGUGAGGUAGCUGUUGGAAAAACAAGAUAUAGUAAGAUCCUCAGGGCAAAGAAAUUAUCUCUCAACUAUUCAUUUAUGAAUAUGUCCAACAAAACUAGGCGAACUUAAGAUUUUCUGUAAAAUUCAAAGUCUUGGUUUGUUCGUUUUCUUUAUGGACUGAAACGUCAACUAAAAAGUAUAUUAAAUCUGACUGACUAAGAUUUAUUUGAAAGCAAAUUUGUUAUAUCAUGUCAUAUUGAUGAAAUCUUCUGUUCCUGAUUUUUUUUCUUUAUCUAUCUACAGAGGAGUCUUCUGCAGGUAAUUAUACGUUGAUAAACCUUCGCUAGAUCAUUUUAAGUUGUUGAAUUAUCUUUUCUGUAUAAUUAUCAAACUGAAUAACCAUUUCUAGAUCAUAUGUACGCCAGUAAGCUUAAGAAUUGCUAGAACAAUACCUCAUGCGUGGCCGGGCUUACAUACUUGCCACAGUGAAAAAAAACUGAUAUCUAAGAAGACACCCAAACUGAAAACCUUAGAGGCACAAAUGAUUUUACGACUGGAACACAAUCUGAGUUGAAUUUUUAAGUAAUAUAGUUUAAAAGAAAAUUGGCUGAUUUUGACUGUUUUAAUUUUCUGACCAACUGAUAUGUUGUCUUAAAAAAGUGGCAAUUUCUCUCACACAAGCUGACAAUCGAUCGCUGAAGGGAAAGGAAGAGCGUGGAUGUAAUUAUCUAUUAAUUCUGGGAUACAAUCAUUUUUUUAUUUAUUUCCUGUCUUUUUUUUAUCCACAGAAGAGCUUUCAGAAGGUAAUUUCACCUUUGUGUAUUUCAUAACAACACGACAUUAUCGAAUUGUCUUUUUUUAAUACAUCAUAGCGAAUAAUAGUUCGAGAUUACGAGAGAUAAGCUGUAUGCCAUAUAUUAAUGUGUGGAUUUUACAGAGAGAAGCUUAAGUUUGACCUGUGCACCUGAAAAAGAACUUGUGCAUGAAAGUGUGAGAGUCCUUUAUGUUUCGGGAAAUGAAAGCCAAAACGAAUACCCAAGAAGCCUGAGCUAUCUUAUGAUUAGGAUAUCAUCCGCGUUAAAUUCAAAUACUAGAGUAACUUAGUGGAACAGAAUAUAAGUCCAUUGAUAAAACCAUUUCUAAUCAAAAGUUACACCGUCUUACCAGCGUGGCAUUCGAAAGGACAGUUUUUAUAUCCGUCUUAAGAUCAAUUACUGAGGCGCUUUGUGAAGCACAGACUAAUUAUGAUGGGUUAACCAGAUCUAUGACACAAAUGCCCUCUGACCCUUUCAAUCCCAAGAUCUAAAUCAGUCAUUUUCCUUCUUGUCUACUUUACAUUUAAGAGUUUUGCAUUAGACAAAAAAAUAAUCCUCUCGUUGAAAUGCUUUUGUGUUCUUAUAACUUGUGCGCUUGAUAUCGAAAGUGGAGGGAUAAAUCAUGUCUUAAUCGUCCUCAGGAGGGAAAGAGUUCAGUGAAGGAUUCAAUGCUUUUGUUAUUUUCUUGUACAGGAGGAGUAUGCAGUGUUGAGGCUGAGGAUCGCAACGAUUGCGGAUGGAUCGGUAUCGAUAAUACCACCUGCGAAAACAGAGGUUGUUGCUAUGACGAAACAGUGCCGGAUGUAGCGUGGUGUUUCUAUCCAACUGGUUUGUAAUUAUUAAACCACGGAUAAGUAACUUAAUAAUCAAAGAAAAGUAAAGUGCGCUAGAUCUAGCUUGGGGGUGGAUAUUUUUUGCCUCGGCCAAACGAAAACUAUUGUAUAAUUAAGCCUCCGAACACCAAAUGGUGGCAUGGCUCACAGUUCUGAUUUAUAGUAAUUCAUUGGGUUCGACUAUAUGGUCACAAUUUAUCCACAUAUAUUCCUAUUCUUUCUGUCCAAGAUGACGCUGAAACCCUGAAAUCGCACAGUAUCCCGAAAGAAGUGACACGAAUAGUAUGCAUUCUGCUAACGUCCAACACACAGAGUUAAAACUCUUAAAGUCAUUCUAUUCCAAACAAUCAUCACCAAUGGCAAGUGCGUCGCACACAUGCGAAAUCAAACAGAAAAUUUGUCAUGUAAAAUGUACCAAUGUAAAUAGUGUGUUUCUAAACCUUUUUUUUUUUUAGCAAAAAUACAAUCUUUGUUAAAAAUGUGUUGUUCAUAUCUCUACUUCUGUCAAUUUUUCAGACAACAAAUGUUAUGGUAUUGACCCAGUAGAAAGAGAAGAUUGUGGCUAUUCUGGGAUACAAAGAGAGGAGUGUGAAAACGAUAGAGGAUGUUGCUUUGAUCACACUGUGCCAAAUGUACCUUGGUGCUUUAAAGGAACUGAGCCACCAGCCAAACCAGCCAAUGACCCUUCCACUCUUGGUAAGGUUUUUGUUGGAGAUUAAAAGAGCAAAAAUCGCCAACAAUGAAAAAAAUAAAUAGAAAAAGGUCCUAAGGUUUGGAAUUCUUCCCUAACAUUAAUCACUAGUUUGAUUUGCUUCUCUAAUAUUAAAAAAAAAAAGAUGAUUGAAUUUUUCGUGAAAUGAAACCCUGAGACAAGUUUCAGUAAAGUUUUAGUGAAGUUUUAAUUCAAAAAUAGGCGACAUAUGCGAUGUCGAAUCUGAGGAUCGCAACGAUUGUGGAUGGUACGGCAUCGACGAGGCUACUUGCGAGGCCAGGGGCUGUUGCUACGACGACACAAAGCCAAAAGCAAAGUGGUGUUUCUACCCAACAGGUAAAGAAAGCUGAAUACUGUAGUUAACCUUGGGAAAAGGAUGUGACAAAAAGAUUAAGUUCUUAGUCAUGAAUAUUUAAAUUCGACGGUUGGCCGUUUGCUGUACUAUCUGAGAUAAAGAGAACGUAUUUGCAAAUGAAGUCAUAUUUUAAUUCGGUUCAUAUACGAUACGUCUUUUUCACUCUCGUUGAAUAAAGAGUGUCUACAGAAUUCUAUGUGGAAACGGUUUCGAGUUUAGACCUCAUUAGUAAAAUUAUUUAAACAAUUAAAAAGCAGUAGUUUUGUGAAUCAUUUGGGCUUUUCUCAUCGCAGCGGUUUAUCUAUACUAAACCACGACGACUUUAUCAUCUUUCAAUCAACAUUUGCAAAGUAAAUUUUCUUUUCUCUUAGAUAUUGCAUUGUAACUUUCGCCUUACUACCCAUCUUCAUUGAUUUCAUUUUCUAUUUUUCUUAAGACAACAAAUGCUAUGGUAUUAAACCACAAGAACGCGAAGACUGUGGUUACAUUGGUAUUCAGCGUGAGGAGUGUGAGAACGACAGAGGUUGCUGUUUUGAUCACACUGUACAGGGUGUACCCUGGUGCUUCAAGGCCACUGGACCAGUGAGUGUGGCCCCACCUGAAGUAGAAACUCAGGAAGGAUCUGCAGGAGCCUCCGAGGCUUAGCUUUGAAUGAUCAAUCCUCAAUUGGUCGGUUUCUUUGGCAUACGGUGAAAUUUUUUUUCACUCUAAUAUGAAAAAGAGCCGUGGAUUCAAUUUCAACAAUUUCUUUUUGCAUCUGAUCUACGCUCCGAGAGAUUCGCAUUUGAUUGACUUUCAUAUGAUGCCGCAUAUGUGUUGAUCAGCCUAUUUUUCAUGUGAGCAAAUAAAGGGGCGAGUUUAAACUAGGCGUUAAAAUUGUUGCGUUGCUGUCAGGCUACGGUAAAGCAGGUUUACUAGUAGCAAGGUACAUGGCAUUUUCCUAGAAUAUCGUUUGCGCUCUAUUAAGUGUUAAAACACAUGUUUUACGGGUUAAGUUUUGUUUGCAUAAAUUCCUACGUGUAAUCUUUCACACUCUGGUUCCAUAUCAUCUGCGGAACUUUUUUAGGCAAGGAGAAAAUCUAAUAAAGAAUGCAC